AUGGUGUUGACUGCUGAUGAUCAUCGAAUGGUCUAUGCGUAUCGCAUAGCUGUUGAUGACGAGGGCAAUGAUCCUGGAGUUGGGCGAUACUUUAUCACGGCAGCCAACAACCAUUAUCUUGUCCAGUGGCACAACCAAUUCACGGAAAAUGUCCCUAUUGAUAAAGAGCGAGUGCAAAGGAAGGAUGGGUGA